CGUUACAAAUGCGCAGGCGCGUAACCCAUAAAACAAGAAUCAAAGAAAGGAAGCUUGCCGUCAUGUUAGAUCUUUUUACUAUAUUUUCCAAAGGAGGCAUCGUCCUUUGGUGCUUCCAGGAGAGCUAUCAGUCAUUUACUCUGCCCGUGAAUGAGUUGAUCAAAGGAGUUAUUCUACAGGAAAGAGGAGGAAGCAAUGCGUUCACACAUGACUCUCUCACUCUCAAAUACAAACUCGAUAAUGAGUUUGAACUGGUCUUCGUGGUUGCGUUUCAGAAGAUAUUACAAUUAUCCUACAUUGAUAAGCUUCUGAACGACAUUCAGCUUGAAUUCCGAGACAAAUACAAGGAUGAGUUGAAUCAGGGAAUUAUACGAAACUUUGAGUUUUCAGAUGAAUUUAAUCGGAUUCUCAAGGAUGCAGAGAAUAUAAGUAAAAUAGAGGCUAAAAUUCCAAAGAAAAUGCGCACUUUUGAAGAGUCCAAGAAAUCUCAGAAGACAGUUGCAUCUAUGAUAAUUGACAAAAAUGAAGAGAAGACGGGAAAAGGGAAAUCAAAGAAAGAACAGAAAGAAGUGGCACCAGCCCCUAUCACACCAUCUCCUGCACCAGUUGUCCAGGAAACUGCUGGGAAUGGCGGACUGUCUGCCGAGGAAGUCAUUCAAAGGAACAGGGAGAAGUUGAUGAGAAAGAUGGCAGGCAAACCAGUCAAGGCUGCCGCCACGAGCAAAGGGUCAGCAGCACAGCCCAGAGAGCGUAAAAAGGAGGCCAGGAAAUGGGCCAUGUCUGGUGACGGCAAGGAGGUGGAGACUCUGGAUUUCAGUGGUACCAAUGGUAGUGAUCACCAAGCCAACGGGAAAGAUGAUGAAGAGGAUCUUAUCAAAAUGAAACCAAUGAUUGGUUCCAUGAAAGGCAAUGUUAAGCCCUUGGAGUAUGAGAGUGAUAGUGAGGUGGAGCUAGCUGAUGAGAUGACAGAGCCACAACCAGGUCAACCCUCACAAAACACAAACCAGAGCGGGUCUAAUGUAGGUGGAAGUGUGUUCUCAUUCUUCAAGGGGCUGGCAGGACAAAGCACCCUGGCAAAAGAGCAGAUCUCACCUGUCCUGGAAAAGAUGAAGGAGCAUCUCACAUCUAAGAAUGUUGCUGCAGACAUCUCAGAGAAGCUGUGUGACUCAGUGGCCACUAAGUUGGAGGGGAAAGUCAUCGGGACAUUCAGUGGCAUAGCGUCAACAGUGAAGAGCAGCCUGGAAGAAUCCCUGAUCCAGAUCCUAUCACCCAAGAGGCGUGUGGACAUUCUACGAGAUGCCAUGGAGAACAAGCGCAAGGGCAAGCCUUAUGUUGUCACAUUCUGCGGCGUAAAUGGUGUUGGCAAGUCCACCAAUCUGGCCAAGGUGUGCUUUUGGCUGCUUGAGAAUAAUUUCCGUGUCAUGAUUGCAGCAUGUGAUACGUUCCGUGCUGGUGCUGUUGAACAGCUGCGUACACAUGUCAGGCACUUGAACGCACUCCACCCCCCAGCACACGCUAAUGGCCCUCCAUCUGUCCUUCUCUAUGAAAAGGGCUAUGGCAAAGAUGCAGCUUCUAUCGCAAUGGAUGCUAUUAACUUCGCUCGUGAACAGCGUGUGGAUGUUGUAUUGGUAGACACAGCAGGUAGAAUGCAGGACAAUGAGCCACUGAUGAGAGCCCUAUCAAAGUUGAUCAAACUGAAUGACCCCGACCUUGUCCUGUUUGUCGGAGAGGCCUUGGUUGGCAAUGAGGCUGUGGAUCAGCUUAAAAAGUUCAACCAGGCACUGGCGGACCACUCAAGCCAAGACCGGCCUCGCCUCAUAGAUGGCAUCCUCCUCACCAAGUUUGACACUAUUGAUGACCAGGUGGGCGCGGCUAUUUCCAUGACGUACACCACUGGCCAGCCUAUCGUUUUCGUGGGCACGGGUCAGACCUACAAGGACCUGAAGAGCCUGAAUGUGAAGGCUGUGGUGCACGCUCUGCUGAAGGCCUAGGCCGAGCUAACGACACAAGUACAAGAACAUAAGAAAUCAACUAACCGCAUGCUUAGGAAUGAUAAGGGGGGGGGGGGGGGUGAAUAGGUUUGCGGAUCGGCAGAUUCGGCCCCGAAAUGUUCACGGAUUACGGAUUUUGACGAUUAUUUCAGCGGAUUGGCGGAUUUUGGAAAUACGGCGGAUCACGGAUCACGGAUCUGUCGACAAUUUGGGCGCGGAUUUCGGAUUUUGACUGCUUUGACGGUCGAAUUUCGGAUUUUUAAUGAAUUUCAUUCGAUGUUAUUACUUAUCUGUCAAACCAUGCGGAUCUAAAAAUAUCUGCGGAUCCACGGAUUUGCCCCGAAAAUGUAUCGGAUCGGCGGAUUUACAUACCCUUAUUCACCCCCCCCCCCCCCCUCCCCCGAUAGGACUACGUAAUAUAGAAUAUAUUUAAAGCAGGAAAUAUUUAGUCCAGUCACCCUGGAGGGUCUUGAUGAUCGUGCAUACAUAAGAACGUACCCUCGCUCCAUGUAGGCACUGUUACUGUUGUUACUGUUACCUGAGCCUUGAGUUAGUGGUCAAACAUGCCGAUGAUGUGUAAUCUACCCAUUGCCAAAUGUCAAUGAUGAAAUGUGGGAAUACAUUAAUAAUAAUAAAUUAUACCAUGCAA